UACUGAAGUAAGGCACGGGUGGGGCCGAGGUAGGCCAGGCCGCGCGGGCGGGGCCGGGGCGAUGGGGAAUCUGUUCGGUCGCAAGCGGCAGACCCGCGUUACCGAGCAAGAUAAGGCCGUGCUGCAACUAAAACAGCAACGAGACAAAUUAAAGCAAUAUAAGAAAAAGAUUUCUCUACAGCUGGACCGAGAGAGGAUUGUUGCUCGUCAACUACUAAAAGAUGGCAAGAAAGAGAAAGCCAAACUUCUACUAAAGAAGAAGCGUUAUCAAGAGCAAUUGUUAGACAAAACUGAAAACCAAAUUAGCAAUUUAGAGCGCAUGGUCCAUGAUAUUGAAUUCACACAGAUUGAGAUGAAAGUGAUUGAGGGUCUCAAAAUUGGCAAUGAAUGUUUAAAUAGAAUGCAUCAAGUUAUGUCAAUAGAAGAGGUGGAAAGAAUCAUGGAUGAAACCCAGGAGGCUGUAGAGUACCAGAGGCAAAUAGAUGAGAUAUUGUCUGGAAGCUUCACUACAGAGGAUGAAGAUGCUAUUUUAGCUGAAUUAGAUGCCAUCACUCAGGAGCAGAUUGAUCUUCCAGAGGUUCCCUCAGAGCCUCUCCCAGAAAGGAUUUCAGGAGUAAAUCUACAAUUUAUUGGACAGGUUCUUGGGCCUUGUGCCAUCCUUGAAUACAUAGAUCAAUGA